AUGCGGAAACAUAGCAGUCGUGUCUGGCUACAUAUCCCCCAACGUCCCCAUCAAGUGUUCGAGGCGUUUAUGGACGACCUGGCGCGGGUGGUCCGGUCAGCAGGCGACGGCGGCAGGGGGGUACUGGUGAGCGGCGACUUCAAUGCCCGCUCGCCGACAUGGGACCCAACGGGGAGCGACCGCAGGGGGGAGCUCUUGGAGAUAUGGGCGGCGUCGUGCGGAGUAAGCCUGCACAACGAUGGGAGUACGGCAACGUGUGUCAGGGCGCAGGACUCAUCAGUUGUUGAACUGACGUGGUCGAUGCCGAGCCUGACGCCGACGGUGCAGCAGUGGCGGGUCCUCACGGAGAGGGAGACGCUCUUGGACCACCUUUAUAUAGCGUAUGAGAUACAGGGCCCCCAGCGCGUGAAAUCUGGGGACGGGGGUGGACACGCACGGUGGAACUGGCGCAGAUUCAACGUAGAAUGCUUCGGGGAAUCCCUAAGCACUUGUCUGGCAUGGGGACCAACGGGCGAGGACCAGAUUACAUCGGCUGGCCUCGCUGCAUGGGUGGAGAGGACCAUGACGCAGGCCUGCGACGUGGCCGCUCCCAGAGCUCGAACCAAGAGCUAUAGGAGGACCACGAGAGCAGCCAGCGGCCCCCACGACGACAGAGAGGCCGAAUACCGGGCCAGUAAGCGGAGGCUGCGGGACAGCAUAAAAGCAGCGAAGGCCAAGACCUGGGAAGACCUCGUGGGCUCCGUGGAAUCGGACCCAUGGGGCCUACCUGACAAGCUGGUGCUGGGCAGGCUCCGCACCGCCUCGAGGGGGCUGACGGAAAUCCUCGACACCGAGACCCUGGGGAGGCUCCUCACAGCACUAUUCCCAAGAGGAGAGGGCAGCGAGCUGGAGAGCCAGGGAGACCGGAGCUGGAACGAGGAAUGGGCGGUCACGGUCGACGAAGUACGGUCCGCGAUCAAGUAG